CUCAGCAUGAAAGCCUUAAGCUCCCCAGAGGCCCACACACCGAGGAGCCUCCGGAGGGUCCCCAAACCUCUGAUGGAGAAACGCAGACGGGAGCGGAUCAACCAAAGUCUGGAGACGUUGAGGCUUCUGAUGCUGGAUAACACCCACAAUGAGAAACUGAAAAAUCCAAAGGUGGAGAAGGCAGAGAUUCUGGAGAGUGUGAUCAAUUUCCUGCAGACAGAGAAGGACGGGGAGAUGGAGAUGGAGCCCCGGUCCAGGUCCAGGUCCAGGUCCAGGUCCAGGGCGCAGAGACCCAAAUCCGCCCGCCAGCACAGCUACCAUGACGGCAUGAGGUCCUGUCUGCUGAGGGUCAGCCACUUCAUAGCCAGCAAGAGCCAGGACCUGGAGCACACCGACGGGGAUCAGGCGGCUCAGGCUUCUCUUCCCGAGCUCCAGACACACCCUUCAUCCCCCGGACACCUCCACCUGGCACAGGCCGCUCCUUCUCCUCAGCAUCAGGCUCACCAGCACUGCCAGAGCGGGAUCUCUCCCCCGACCCUCUCCCGGAGGACUGACCUCCACUGUGACACCAGGGAGCUGCUCUCCUCCCUGGCAGCCUGCACGCACGUCCCGGAUCCCGUGUGGAGGCCCUGGCCCCAGUGA